AUGGAACCUCCAAAGCUAGAAGAAAUAAGCCACCCACCAAUGGACCAACUUCAUGGCUUAGAGUACUGUAUAGAUUCAAACCCUUCCUGGUUGGAGUCAAUAGUUCUGGGUUUCCAGCAUUAUGUUUUAUCUUUAGGAACUGCAGUGAUGAUUCCUUCAUUUCUUGUGCCUUUGAUGGGUGGAACUGAUGGGGAUAAAGUUAGGGUGAUACAAAUUCUGCUUUUUGUACAAGGGAUUAAUACACUUUUGCAGACACUAUUUGGAACCCGGUUACCAACAGUGAUGGGAGGGUCUUAUGCAUUCAUGGUCCCAAUUAUUUCCAUUAUUCAUGAUUCCUCAUUGGCCUCAAUAGAAGACCCACAUUUGAGAUUUGUUAACACUAUGAGAGCAGUUCAAGGUGCAAUGAUAGUAGCAUCAAGCAUACAAAUUAUUUUGGGCUUUAGUCAAUUAUGGGCCAUUUGUUCUAGGUUUUUCAGUCCACUUGGAAUGGUUCCAGUAAUUGCAUUAUCUGGUUUCGGGUUAUUUAAUCGAGGGUUCCCUGUGGUUGGACAUUGCGUUGAAAUUGGAAUUCCAAUGUUAAUUCUGUUUGUAGUCUUCUCUCAGUACUUGAAAAACUUUAAUGCAAGACAACUACCAAUAUUUGAGAGAUUUGCUUUGCUUAUAUCAACCACAAUGAUAUGGGCCUAUGCACAUCUCUUAACAGAAAGCGGAGCUUACAAACACAGGCCAGACUUAACACAACAUAAUUGUAGAACUGACAGAGCCAACCUCAUUUCCUCUGCUCCAUGGAUAAAGAUUCCAUACCCUAUUGAGUGGGGGGCUCCUACAUUUGAUAUCGGUCAUGCUUUUGGCAUGAUGGCUGCUGUUUUAGUUUCAUUAAUUGAGUCAACUGGAGCAUAUAAAGCUGCAUCGCGGCUAGCAAGUGCAACACCGCCUCCUCCUCAUGUUCUGAGCCGCGGUGUUGGCUGGCAGGGAAUCGGAAUCUUGCUGAAUGGACUAUUUGGAACACUAACUGGUCCAACAGUUUCUGUAGAGAAUGUAGGGCUUCUAGGAAGCACUCGUGUUGGAAGUCGAAGGGUCGUUCAAAUUUCAGCUGGAUUUAUGAUAUUCUUCUCAAUGUUGGGAAAAUUCGGUGCUUUUUUUGCAUCAAUACCCUUCCCGAUUUUCGCUGCUAUGUACUGUGUCCUGUUUGGUCUUGUUGCAUCUGUAGGGCUAUCAUUUUUGCAGUUUACUAACAUGAACUCAAUGAGGAACCUCUUUAUUACAGGCGUUGCCCUUUUCUUGGGUUUUUCCAUUCCUGAGUAUUUCAGAGAAUUCACUUCCAAGGCCCUUCAUGGUCCUACUCACACAAGUGCUAGAUGGUUCAAUGAUUUUCUCAACACGAUCUUCUUCUCGUCCUCAACUGUUGCGUUUAUCGUUGCUGUGUUCUUGGACAACACUCUUGAUUACAAACAUAGCUCCAAAGAUCGGGGUAUGCCAUGGUGGACCAAGUUUAGAACAUUUAACGGAGAUACCAGGAAUGAAGAGUUCUACACCCUCCCUUUCAACCUCCACCGGUUUUUCCCACCGUCUUAA